GUCUUGUUUAAGAUGCUCCUGGGCAGUGCCAAGUACGGUGAAGCAGCUUUGUUCCUUUCGGUGCUGGGACUUUUCAAUGUCACCUUCGUCACUUUUGUUCCGGUGGCCCUUUACUUUACUGGCGUUGAGCACUGGACCCCGUUCAGCUUCAUUCCCUGGGAGAAACUGUGCGGGAUGGCGACUCUCUUGCUGUCCUUUAACAUCCUGAUGAAUUUUGGGAUUGCUGUCACAUCACCAACUCUGAUCUCGGUGGGAGUGGUCCUGAGUGUCCCUGUAAAUGCUGUGGCUGAUGCCUACUGCAGUGACAUUGUGUUCAACAGUGUGCGGGUAAUCGCUGUCCUGAUCAUCUGCCUGGGCUUCCUCCUGCUGCUGCUGCCUGAGGAAUGGGACCAAAUGGCCAUGGACUUCCUGUCCCGCUUCAAGGUCAGGAAGAAGGAAGAGGCUGUCGAGGAGCAGGGAGAGGCUGGCUUUGCGGGACAGAGCCGAAACAAGGGCUCACGGACGUCCACUGCGACGUUUGCACAUUCAUUCUAGUCAGCGGCUUGGAAAUUACAGGAGAUUACAACAAAACUCUUGAUGAUGAAAGGCAGUUGGUGACACACACAGUGAACUCAUGUUCCAUAUGCGGGUCUGUCUGGUAGGAUGAUUGUAACGUGUUGGUCAUGUCUGGUCGCUUGCAUUUCUCGGGACCCAGUCACAGGCUCAUUGGUCACUGGAAAGGGGAGGGUUAAUGGACACCACUGAAGGGGAAGGAUGAGGCAAAGCAGCCCAACUUCUGAUUUUGUUUUGUUACUGCCCAGGCAUCCAGACGGGGGUGUUUGGGAUCAGGGGUGGUUAAGGGAGGGUGAACUGACCUCAGGAUGGGGUGAGUAUGGUGGACUGACUUUCCCCUCUUACACCCAGCCCAACUGGCCACUCCCAGGGGAUACAGUGCCCACCCGUUCCCUAAUUGCUAAUU